AUGAGCAGUGAAGUCCCGAGAGUCUAUCGUGAGAUAAUAGAAGAAGUAAUCAAAAGCACAGAUGAAGAUAACUAUAAGAUAGGAAUAGAAAAAGGAGUAUUAGAAGAGAUAAAGAAUACUUGGAUUACUAAAAUUUGUGAAUAUACUGAUAUAGGUGAGUAUAAGAUAAGACAUGGAUACAAUGAGACUAGACCAGGACUAGAAGCUUAUUACAACCAGAGCUACUCUUAUAGUGAGUAUGGAUAUCGAGAUUAUCCCUAUCCUUACUAUCCUAAAGAUAAGGAUGAUAAGAGUGGUAGUAAUGGGCCGGAUUACAGUCAAUACGAUGGGUUAGGUAGUGUGAUUGAUAAGGGUAGAGAUAGUGUGGUUAGUAGGGAUGGAGGUAGUUUGGGUGUGAUAAAGGGAGAUAAGAUUGGAGAUAAUGAUUUUGAUUUUGAUUUUGAUCUGGUAAAGGGAGAUAUGGUGGGUGGAGAUAAGAAUGGAGAUAGUAAUUUUGAUUUAGAUAAGGUGGGUGGAGAUAAGAAUGGAGAUAGUAAUUUUGAUUUAGAUAAGGUGGGUGGAGAUAAGAAUGGAGAUUGUAAGGGAGAUAGUAAAAUUCAAAAAGAAGGGAGUAGAGAUAAGAAAAAAGAUAAGGUUGAGCAAUUAGAUGGGGGAGAGGCUCAAGAGGAGGAAGAGUUAGAUUCAAAUGAUUUAUCUGAGAGUGAUUGUGAUAUAGAUAAUGAAGAGACAACUAAAAACGUAAUGCUUUGUUUAUUUGAUAAGGUAACUAGAGUAAAAGAUAAGAGAAGAUGUACUUUAAAGCAUGGAUUCUUAUCUAUUGGUCGGACUGAUUAUACUUUUAAUGUAGCUAAUGGAGAUUUAGAGUGGUAA